UUAAAUUGUUUUUAUUUAUUUUGACAUAGGCGGUGGCAACGAACGGCGAAGGGAGUCGCGCUAAGUGUAAACGUCUAAACGAGCGGCCACACACUCUCCCGUUUCGUCCAAGCUUCCCUACUCCCACCAUUAUUGCAAAACCCCAUCCGCCAACGCCCGCGAUCGACGGCGACGCUUUCCUAUCCUCCCGCCCUGGACGCUAAGUUUCCUCGAUCGAUCAGAUCGUCUUUCAGCUUAGGCAAUGGUCGAGUGAUUUUGCAAUUAGUUGCUGUAGAUGAAGCCGAUCGAGCUAACCCAAUUGGUUCGAUAGGGUUCGUGCUAUUUAGGAAGAUCCGAGAUGCGUACGAGUGCUGUGUAAGUGUCUUUGGGCUGAUUGCAAGUUAAGUCUCAGUUCUAAGACUGGAAGUUUCUCAGUUCAAGGAAUUUGUGGAAAUUGCAACUAGCAACAGAUGUGCUUUUCUUAAGAAAACAUGUCUGGACAACCUGACUACCUUCGGGAGAGUUCCAGUUCAAGCAGAAGCAGCUACAUUCAAGAGAGUGAGGAUGAUAUGACAAUAGGUAGCAUUCUAGCUGAAGCAAAUCAUAAUAACGCUAAGAAUCUAGGGAAACGCUUGUCUCAUUUGGACUCUAUUCCGCAUACUCCUCGAGUUAAUGGACGAAUUCCUGAUGUCAAUAAUGCAACUUUAGAUCAUGAAAGGCUAUCAGAAAGACUGUCCAUGUAUGGCUUAGCUGAAUUCCAUGUCGAAGGAGACGGAAAUUGUCAGUUUCGAGCAUUGGCAGACCAGCUUUUUCACAAUCCAGAAUAUCACAAGCAUGUGAGGAAGGCUGUUGUAAAGCAGCUUAGACAUUUCCGGGAACAAUAUGAAGGCUAUGUACCAAUGGAUUACAAGAAGUACCUGAAAAGUAUGAAAAGAUCUGGUGAAUGGGGAGAUCACUUAACCCUGCAAGCAGCUGCUGACAGGUUUGGGGCCAAAAUCUGUUUGUUAACAUCCUUCCGAGAUACAUGCUUCAUCGAAAUUAAUCCUAAGGAGCAAUCUCCAACAAGAGAACUAUGGCUGAGUUUUUGGAGCGAAGUACACUACAAUUCGUUGUAUGUAGCUGAUGAUCUCCCAACGAGGAUACCCAAAAGAAAGCACUGGCUCUUUUAAACACCUCCCCCCAUUACUCUUAUUUCCAGUCCUGUCAGUGUUGAUGUACUUCCAAAACUGUUUUACUAGAUUUUUCUUAAUUAUUGUAUGUGUAUAUGUACGCCGAACAGCCUUGGCUGCCUCGAAAUCGUGUAGAUUAUGUCUGUGAUGGCAUUUAUUCUUCAUCA